AUGACAAAGAGCAAGAGAGUCCUCACACUUUUCCUUAGGUUAUUGGCCUUUGGAGCAACCAUAGCAGCAAUAGUAGUAAUGGUAACAAGCCAUGACUCCGCUGAGGUCUUAAACCUAACCUUCACUGCAAAAUAUAGCAAUGAGCAAGUAUUCAAGUACUUUGUGAUAGCUGAAGCCAUAGCAUGUGCAUACAGCCUUAUUGUUCUCUUCGCAAGUUCCCAAACUUCACUUUGGCGUUUGGUUGUGAUCCUAGAUGUGGUGAUAGCCAUGCUACUUUCUUCAAGCGUUUCAGCAGCAUUGGCAAUAGCUCACGUGGGCAAGAAAGGCAACAGUCAUGCUGGUUGGUUACCCAUUUGUGGACAAGUUCCUAAAUUUUGUGACCAUGUUACUGGAGCUCUAGUUGCUGCUUUUGCUGCAGCUCUUAUCUACUUUUUACUUAUUUUUUCUUCUCUUUAUUCUGUACACAACCCACUUCUCCUGUAA